AUGCCGAUGCCAAAGAAGUACUGGAGAAAAGAUUUCGAAGAACCCCAGGAAGUGUCAGAAAAGGCCAAAGAGCAGCAGGUGGACAUGGAACUUCGGAGGCUGAGGCAGCAGUUUCAGAAAAUGGUAGACAGCCGCAAGGCCUUUAACUUCAGCUCCCAGCAGAAGAUCACGAACCAGUACAAGGAAAUCAAGACCCUGCAAGAAGAGCAAGAUGAUAUCACCCUGCUUCUGAGUCUCCUCAAGUCCCCCAAGAAUUUGGAUCUGAACGAGAAGAACUACCGGGAACUGCGGUUUCUGCUGCAAACCAAGGACGACUAUGAGUCCCUGAUUAGAUCCAUGAAGAUGCUGUUGACCGAGCUGGAUGAGAAGAUUACUCAGAUGGAAAACAAAAUUAUAAACCAAAAGCGGAUCUUUACCAAAAUGCAAGAGGCCAAGAACCCUCAAAAACUGCAAAAACAGAUCCACAUUUUGGAAACCCGUUUGAAUCUCGUCACCGUUCACUUUGACAAGAUGCUGACCUCCAAUGCCAAGCUCCGGAAGGAGAUUGAGGACCUCCGGUUUGAGAAGGCCGCUUAUGACCAUGUCUACCAGCAACUGUGCCGGCGCCUGUUGAUGCAGAAGAAGACCAUGAACGUGGCCAUUGAGCAGUCUUCUCAGGCCUAUGAGCAGAGGCUGGAAGCCAUGGCACGAAUGGCCGCCAUGAAGGACCGACAGCAGAAAGACAUCUCUCAGUAUAACUUGGAGAUCCGCGAGCUGGAGCGCGUCUAUGCCCAUGAGAACAAGCUCAAGUCUUUCCUGCUGGUCAAGCUGAACGACCGCACGGAGUUCGAGGAGCAGGCCAAAAGGGAAGAAGCUCUCAAGGCAAAGAAGCAUGGAAGAAAGAACAAAGGGGAGAGUUUUGAGAGCUAUGAAGUGGCCCACCUCCGGCUGCUGAAGCUGGCUGAGAACGAGAACCUGAACCAACUCAUUGAAGAAUUCCUGGCCAAAGAGGAGAAGAACUUUGCCCGGUUCACAUACGUCACGGAACUCAACAACGACAUGGAGAUGAUGCACAAGAAGACCCAGAAGAUCCAGAACAACAUCAUUCAAUUGCGGUCCCAGCAGAAAUCUUCCCAUGAUGACAGCCGUUCAGCCCUGAAACAACUAGAGGAGAAACUCAAGAAGACCACGGAGGAGGCAGACAAGUAUGAGAACAACUACAAGGAGAUCAGCAAGACCUUGGACUCCCUCAAGAACGCGGUGGAGAGUCUGUUCAAGAAGAUCAACUGUGACGCCACCAAGAUCUUGGUGCAGCUCGGGGAGACGGGGAAAAUCACUGACAACAACCUGCCACAGUAUUUGGCCAUCAUUGAAAAGAAGACCAAUGACCUGCUGGUGUUGGAGGCUUACAAACGGGUCCUGGAGAUAGAAGGGGCGGAGACAGAGAUUCCGCCACCCUUCGUCAACCCUUUCUGGGGCGGCUCCGCCCUGCUCAAGCCGGCGGAACCCAUCAAGGUGGUCCUGCCGGUUCUGGGGCAGGACAUUCUCAGCGAGAAGUUGGACGACGUCGAGCAGCCGCUGGACCAUGGCAGCCUCCGGCAGCUGGUGCUAGACCACUACAGAGCCAGGGAUUCUCGAAGCCCGCGUGUCGACAACGACCUGAAAAGGAAAAGCUGA